CAAACAUUAUUGAAUUCUAUGAUAUGAUGAGGUUGUUGUCUAGUGGAAAUGACGACGCAGUUCAAAUUCAGCUAGGAAACAAACCCGGUGAACCUUUCAUCAUCACUGUCAAUUGUCCCGACAAGACCGGUCUCGCUUGCGACAUCUGUAGAUUCAUUCUUCACUUUGGUCUCUCCAUUCUCAAAGGAGAUGUUUCAACUGAUGGCAUGUGGUGCUACAUUGUAUUGUGGGUUAUUCCACAAUCUGUAUUGCUUCCUAUGAGUUAUUCUUAUCUGAAAGACCGUCUUCAGGCAAUUUGUCCACCUUGUUUAGCCUCAUUUUAUCUUGUCCAGAAACCCACCACAUCUUCUCCUGUUUAUCUAUUGAAGUUAUCUUGCCUCGAUCGAAAAGGAUUAUUGCACGAUGUGACGAAAGUCCUGUCUGAGCUUGAACUUACAAUUCAAAGGGUGAAAGUGACUACAACCCCGGAUGGCAAGGUUUUGGACCUAUUUUUCAUAACAGAUAACAUGGAACUUCUACACACAAGAAAGCGACAGGAUGAGACAUGUGAAAGAUUAAACACAGAUUUGGCAGAUUCGUGUAUCAAAUGUGAACUUCAAUUGGCAGGACAAGAGUAUGAACAUAAUCAUGGCAUCUCUUCUCUGUCUCCUGUGCUAGCCAAGGAACUAUUUCAAUGUGAGUUGUCGGAUAAUGAAGUUCGAUCACAAUCUCUUAGCCCAAAUAUGCAAAAGUUGAAGAAAGCCAAUGUAACACUAGACAAUUCCUUAAGCCCGGCUCAUACACUACUUCAAAUUCAAUGUGUUGAUCACAAGGGCCUUCAUUACGACAUCAUGAGAACUUUCAAAGACCUAAAUUUUAAGAUUUCGUAUGGCCGGUUUUCACCAAAUGUCAUGGGGUAUCGUGAGUUAGACAUAUUCAUUCAGCAGAAAGAUGGGAAAAAGAUUUUGGAUCCUGACAAGCAAGGUGAACUAUGUUCUCGUUUGAAAUUGGAAAUGCUUCAUCCGUUGCGAGCUAUCAUUGCAGACCGAGGCCCGGAUACUGAACUAUUGGUCGCCAAUCCAGUCGAGCUUUCUGGAAACGGAAGACCUCGAGUUUUUUAUGAUGUUACAUUUGCUCUCAAAACACUUGGAAUCUGCAUUUUCUCGGCUGAAGUAGGAAGGUAUUCGGCAUCAGAUCGUGAAUGGGAGGUUUACAGAUUUCUUUUGGAUGAGAACUGUGAAUUUCAAUUAACAGGUAUUGUUGCUAGAAAUCUAAUUGUAAAUAGAGUUAGGAGAACAUUAAUGGAUUGGUAAAUAGUAUAUUUUCAAUACACUAUGUAGCAUCUCUAGUGUUGCAAUGUGCUUCAUGUGCCAUUGAGUGUUUGGUUUGUAAAUUCUUGUUAUUA